GUUUCUCGUCUUUCGGAAUAGGAAAAGUGCAGACGUCAUGCAUUGUAAAUUAUUGUCGACAUGGCACUCAAGGCUAACAGAAUGGAUCUGAAGGAGUACUUCCAGAGAAUAGGCUUCACUGGUCUGUUUGAAAAAGCUGAUCUGGACACUCUCUGCACCAUACAUAAGCUUCAUGUAAUGUCAAUCCCAUUUGAGAACCUCAGCAUUCACUGUGGAGAAAAAAUCACCAUGGACCUUGACGUCAUAUACAAUAAGAUUGUGAGGAGUAGCCGUGGCGGUUGGUGCUGUGAGAAUAAUUAUCUGUUUGCGUGGGUACUUCAGGAGAUGGGCUACAAGUACACAACGCUGGGCUCUAGAGUCUUCAACACCAUCAAGAAUGAUUUCAACCCCAUGGACUCUCACCUCAUCAACAAGGUUGACAUAGAUGGCAAGGCUUACAUUGCAGAUGUGAGUUUUGGGGUGUCGUGUCAAAUAUGGCACCCUCUUGAGCUUGUCUCUGGCAAAGACCAGUCCCAAACAGCUGGCAUCUUCCGACUCCUGGAUGAUGGGGAGAAGUGGGUUCUGGAGAAAACUGGCAGAAAGCCACUGGUUCAGAAUGAGGCCUUUGCCAACUCCAGUCUCAUCGACAAGCGCCUAACAAAGACAAUUUACUGCUUCUCUUUAAUACCCCGUGGAGCAGAUCACUUUCUAGAAACCACUCAUUACCUCCAGACCAGUCCAGACUCACUUUUCACCAAUAAGUCUAUCUGCUCCCUGCAGACAAAAGCUGGGUUCAGAGCUCUCAUUGGCUGGACUUACAGUGAGGUCACCUUUGACUAUGAGGAUGGUGUAGAUCUUGUGGAGAUGAAAGAAAUUCCAGACCGUGAGAUAGAAAACGUGCUAAGAGACAAGUUUAGCGUGGUGUUGAAAAACAAACUUGUCCCUGUUAACAAUAAAGCCAGUUACUCCAUUUAAGCUUUCACAGCAAACACUAUGCACAAAUGUAGCCUUCCAUCUUAACCUCCUUUUUAUUGUAGCUAGUGUACCAUCAUGAGGCUAUAUUACAGCAGGCCGAUUUUUCAAGAGAAGUCAAAGCAACUAGUAAAACUGAGCUUUAACUUUUUUGUACUAUUUACUGUAUUGACUUUUUGAUAUUUAAUUUUUUAAAUGUUCUUUUUUGAA